AUGAAAUUAUCAAGUUUUAAAUUAUAUAUCCUCUAUGCGAUAAUUAUAUUUUUCUCCAUCAUUCUUUUAUUGUCAACAACUAUAAAAACGUCGACUAAUGAGCCUGAUGAAUUUAAUGAGUUUAUUGAUAGCUUAAUUAAAGAAAACAUCACAUCAUUAAUGGAUAAGCUUAAGACUAAACCUACAAGCUUGGUAGAAUGGAAACAAAGACAUUAUGUAACCCGAUAUCUCAAUGACAAUAAAACGGUGAAACUUUAUAUAACUUCUGGAAGAUGGUAUCUCGAUGAAGAUUUCACAAGACUCACAUAUAACCAGGAUGGAACCUUAGAACAUUGCGACAUACCAUGUAUUUGGAAACAAAUAAUGCUAGACAGCUCAUCUUCCACAGAGCUUGAAUCGGCAGAUGCCUUCUUCAAUGUUGAUUUUGCUUAUACACCAGAACAAAACCUUAAGAAGAGGCCAAAAAACAUAAAACUUACUUUAGAGCCUAAAAUUCAUUGUCCUCAUUGUCAUAAUGAUGAUGAUUCAUUUGAUAUUUAUUCUUCCUAUUAUGAAGAUUCAGAUAUACCCACAAGUUAUGUUCGAAUCGAUCCUGAAAUAUGGC